AAGAGCGCGCUUUGCCAAAAACCGCGAGAGACCAUUUCAUUUUUUUUUUCCGAAUUACGUUUUCCCGCGAAAGCGCCCUCUGCUCAGAUGACAGCUAGAGUGGGGGGAGCUCGUCACCACUUUUCUACAGACAUUUCGGCGUGAAGGGAAAAAGUCCUGUAGGUCUUCGUAUUUGAGAACAUUUUUAAUCGAAUCGGGGACUGACGACCCGACUUCCUGCAAAGGACCGGCACCGCGGAUCUUUAGCAGGUGAAAUUCAACUCAGAGCUACACACAAGCAAGUCUUACUGAAGUACGUGUAAUAAGUAAAGCCAUCGAAGAAAGGCCAGGACCUCCGAAGUGCUGACUUGAUUAUGUUGUAUCGUCCAAGCCAGAGUCAGAGUGCAUGAAAUCUUUGCCUCUGCCUAGAAGGAUGGAGGCAGAAGGGCAGCAGUGUCCACGGAAGACAGAUUUUUACGUGGAAUUGCCAAAAGUGGAGCUUCAUGCCCACUUGAAUGGCUCCAUUAGUUCCAGUACCAUGAAGAAACUGAUAGCCAAGAAGCCACAUCUUAAAGUUCAUGAUCACAUGACCAUGAUUGACAAGGGAAAGAAAAGAACUUUAGAAGAAUGCUUCCAGAUGUUCCAAGUUAUCCACCAGCUUACUACUAGUGCUGAGGAUAUUCUGAUGGUCACAAAGGAUGUCAUUAAGGAAUUUGCAGACGAUGGUGUCAAGUACCUGGAGCUGAGGAGCACACCCAGAGGAGACGGUGCCACUGGAAUGACAAAGAAGACUUACGUGGAAUCCAUACUUGAAGGCAUAAAACAGUGCAAACAAGAAAACUUAGAUAUCGAUGUUAGGUAUUUGAUGGCAAUUGACAGAAGAGGUGGCCUAACGGUAGCCAAGGAGACUGUUGAACUUGCUAAAGAGUUCUUCCUAUCUACUGAGGAUACAGUUCUUGGCCUUGACCUCAGUGGAGACCCUACUAUAGGACAAGCAAAAGACUUCUUGGAACCUCUUUUAGAAGCUAAAAGAGCAGGUCUGAAGUUGGCAUUGCAUCUUGCAGAGAUUCCAGAUAAGAAAAAAGAAACACAAAUGCUGCUGGAUUUGCUUCCUGACAGAAUCGGGCACGGAACAUUCCUCAACUCCGCCGAGGGAGGCGCCGUGGGUCGUGUGGAUUUUGUGAGGCAACACCGGAUACCUCUGGAACUUUGUUUGACCUCAAACAUCAAAAGCCAGACAGUUCCAUCUUAUGACCAGCAUCACUUUGGAUUCUGGUACAGCAUUGCUCAUCCUUCUGUGAUCUGUACCGAUGACAAGGGUGUCUUUUCGACAAACCUUUCUCAAGAAUACCAACUGGUAGCAGAAACAUUUAACUUGACCCCGUCUCAAGUGUGGGAUCUGUCUUAUGAAUCCAUCAGCUACAUCUUCGCUUCUGACAACACCAGAUCUGAACUGAGAAGUCGGUGGAAUCACCUGAAGCCCAAGGUGUUCCACUUUUAAGCUGGGAUGAGGUAAAAUACUUCCAACAAUAUGUUGUAGCCAAGAUCUGCCACAUCCACUCAGUGAACUAUCCACUACUUCCCUUGAAGCCAGGACCAAGUCUAUGUGGGGUCUUGACACCAGUAAGUGCUCAGUAAUAUCUUAGACUAAGAGCCCUGAGGCUUUGCAUGCUUCACCACGAUGCUGCUUGCUGGAGGACUAGAGGGUCAUUAAAUCCACUAGUAACUUUCUUUUUCAAUUAGCACUCUCUUCCCGUUACUGAUCGUUCGUCUUCAGGAAGACCUCUGUGUUUUGUUAGCUUUAAUCAGACCCUCGCCACCUCUUCUAACCCUUUCAGGUAUUAUUCCUCAAGACAGUUGAUGCCAGGCCACAUUGCACACCACAGCCAUUCAUGUGGGUGCCUUUUGUCAGGUGACCCUGUAGUGACAGAGCUAGAAUCUGGAUUUGCCCUUCUCAGAAUAUCUUUAGAAAUAUAUAAAGGGGAUUGAAGUAAUUACUUCAGUUUAAGAAAAGGAAAGAAUUGCUGGCUCAAAGUGAGAAAGACAUAAGGCUGGAGCUUCACUUUUUUUUUUUUAAAGAUUUAUUAUUUAUUUAUUAUGUAUACAACAUU